UUCUUCAACUUAUGUUUUAUUAUCACUUACCAUUCUCGUAUUUUAGAAAGCAAAGUCUUCUCUUUUUUCUUGUGUGACUAGAGAGAAAGCAAAGCUUCAUCCAAAGCUUUCUUGUAGUCAAAACUCUGCUUUAAGGUUGGGUCUCUCGGUUAGGAAAUUACCAGAAGUCUCAAGGUGUUUAUGAAGCAGAGAAGAACCAGAGGUGGAUUCAGACUCUUCUCUGCUUUUAAGUUUGGUAGAGAAAGAAGAACUAAUGACAUGUCGCAGUCACGACAAACGAUCCACGGCGACCGUUGGCGGCGAAACCUUACACUCGGCGGAGGAUCUUCUCGUUGACUAAUACUCCAUAUUCAUCGCCUUUCUCCUCUGGCAUAUCCAGCGUAAUGUUCAAGGUACUCUUUUCUCGCUUCUUCUGAUUAUUGCUCUGUUAAAAAGCCAGUAUCAUCGUAAACUCCUUUUGUUUUAAUGCUUAAGAUUUGGUGAGUUAAGUUGUUAGAUUUUAUAGGUUAACUCUCUGAUCCAUCAACUACUCAGAACUUUUAUAUGGUAGCUCGUGUUCGUUCAGUUUUUCUGAUUUUUCAACAUUGCAUUUCCGAACUUGCUACUAAUUAUUGAAUGCUUGUUUGAUUAAAAUGUUCCCCAACUUCUCAAGGCUUGCAAAACUGUGUUUGUAUCAUAUUUACGCUAGCUUUUCCGACAGACCAAAAUUAUUGUUUUAUUAUGGGAAUAUUAUUUUUUUACGGUUCAGGCAAUUUUGCAAAAAAUGAUCACACUUUGUUUGACAUCUCCUCUGUACAAGUUCUGUUACAAUAUUAUAAAAGAAAGAAAGAUUCUUGCUUUGAACUACUAUAUACCCCAUUGGUAAGAGUGAAGAAAUAAUGACACAAGUUCCAUAAUGAAAAUUCACAAAGUAAAAAGUCGCAGAAUGGUCUAGUGGCAAGGAAGAUUAUGAAAGCAAUCCUGGAACUGGAACUGGAUACUCUCAGGCAUUAGUCGGAAAACAUCAAACACGGUGCGUUCCCCCGAGGCUGCUCACUGACAUAUUUUAGUAAUAUAUAAACUAUACCCACUUAUUUUUGUAUAAUGAUUAUGAAAUUUCACUUGUAUUCUUUUAAGCGAAAACACGAUUCAAAUUCUGCAUUUUUUGUGUUUUAUUAAAAUAUUAUACAGAAAAAUCUUGAUUGAUAAAUUUUUUGCAUAAGCGCAUUAAAAAACGGUAUUCGUGUGCAAACAAAUAACACAAGUAAAUGGGCUGGGCAAGACCCAUACAUUUCGGGCCCAUUAUCCAAACGUUGCCGUAUACCUUCCUUUUUUAGCUAUGAAAAGAAGAACUACACUUUGGUAGACUCGUCGUCACUCACAUCAUCACACAGAGAGCAAGAGGCAUGUCAACAGAGACUAAAGAAACCCGACCCGAAGACCCGAAAACCCAUUCUACUGUGGAUUUACCCGGUGAAGAACCUCUCGGAAAGCUUAUCGCCGACGAAGUGAACGACGUCGUUUCUGAUGCGUCGGCGACGGAGACUGACUUCUCACUCUCCCCGAGUCAAUCGGAGCAAAAUAUUGAAGAAGACGGCCAAAACUCACUCGAUGACCAAUCGCCAUUAACGGAGCUUCAACCUCAGCCUCUUCCUCCUCCUCCUACUAUCGAAACACGAAUCUCAGAAUCGCCCGGUGAAGAAGAAUCUUCCGAUCUGGUAACGGAGCAACAAUCACAAAACCCUAAUGCGGCGGAGCCAGGUCCUAGGGUAAGAAAACGACGCCGUAGGAAGCGUUUCUUCACUGAGAUUAACGCGAACCCAGCUUUCUCCAGAAACCGCCGCACUAGCGUCGGCAAAGAGGUGGAUUCAGAAGCGCUAAUCGCAAUGUCGGUAGGGUUUCCGGUUUAUUCGCUCACGGAGGAAGAAAUCGAAGCGAAUGUGGUUUCGAUCAUCGGAGGUAAAGAUCAGGCUAAUUACAUUGUCGUGAGGAAUCACAUUAUCGCUCUGUGGCGAUCUAAUGUAUCGAAUUGGUUAACGCGAGAUCAUGCGCUUGAGUCUAUACGUGCUGAACACAAAAACUUAGUGGAUACAGCUUACAAUUUCCUUCUUGAGCAUGGUUAUAUUAACUUCGGGCUUGCUCCGGUUAUUAAAGAGGCGAAAUUGAGGUCGUUUGAUGGCGUAGAGCCGCCUAAUGUUGUGGUUGUUGGGGCGGGUUUAGCUGGUUUGGUGGCUGCUAGACAAUUGUUGUCAAUGGGGUUUAGGGUUUUGGUUCUUGAAGGUAGAGAUAGACCGGGUGGGCGGGUUAAGACUCGUAAGAUGAAAGGUGGUGAUGGUGUUGAGGCAAUGGCUGAUGUUGGUGGAAGUGUUCUCACCGGUAUUAAUGGGAAUCCGCUUGGGGUUUUGGCGAGGCAACUAGGUUUGCCUCUUCAUAAGGUCAGAGAUAUUUGUCCUUUGUAUCUUCCCAGUGGAGAGCUUGUUGAUGCUGGUGUUGAUUCUAAGAUUGAGGCAUCGUUUAAUAAGUUGUUGGACAGAGUUUGUAAGCUUAGACAGUCGUUGAUAGAGGAGAAUAAAUCAGUAGAUGUGCCUUUGGGAGAAGCGCUUGAAACAUUUCGAUUGGUUUAUGGGGUUGCUGAGGAUCAGCAAGAGAGAAUGCUCUUAGAUUGGCAUUUAGCAAACUUGGAAUAUGCAAAUGCUACAUUGUUGGGGAAUCUGUCAAUGGCGUAUUGGGAUCAAGAUGAUCCAUAUGAGAUGGGCGGUGACCAUUGUUUUAUCCCAGGUGGGAACGAAAUAUUUGUACAUGCGUUAGCGGAAAAUCUUCCGAUUUUUUACGGGAAUACAGUUGAGAGCAUCAGAUAUGGAAGCAACGGGGUUCUUGUUUACGCAGGAGACAAAGAAUUCCACUGCGAUAUGGCUCUUUGCACGGUUCCGUUAGGUGUUCUGAAGAAAGGUGCGAUCGAGUUUUAUCCCGAGCUUCCUGAGAAGAAGAAAGAAGCGAUUCAGAGACUCGGAUAUGGAUUGUUGAACAAAGUGGCGAUGUUGUUUCCGUAUAACUUCUGGGGCGAAGAGAUUGAUACUUUUGGGCGAUUAACCGAAGAUUCGUCCACUAGAGGAGAAUUCUUCUUGUUCUACAGCUAUUCUUCUGUUUCCGGUGGUCCAUUACUUGUAGCACUUGUAGCUGGUGACGCUGCAGAAAGAUUCGAGUCAUUGUCGCCUACUGAUUCCGUUAAACGGGUCUUGCAGAUACUACGCGGAAUAUAUCACCCGAAAGGAAUUGUUGUUCCUGAUCCGGUUCAAGCACUCUGUUCCAGAUGGGGCCAAGACAAGUUUUCAUACGGUUCUUACUCAUAUGUUGCGGUCGGAUCAUCAGGAGAUGAUUACGACAUUUUAGCUGAGAGUGUCGGUGACGGAAGAGUGUUCUUUGCAGGUGAAGCUACUAACAGACAAUAUCCAGCAACAAUGCACGGAGCCUUCUUAAGUGGAAUGAGAGAAGCAGCAAACAUACUUAGAGUUGCUAGAAGAAGAGCAUCAUCUUCGGCUUCAAAUCCUAACCAGACCUGCAUCGACAAAGAAGAAGAGGUCGACGAAGAAGAAGACAGCUGUUUGGAUCAGUUAUUCGAGACACCCGAUCUGUCAUUCGGGAAUUUCUCGGUUUUGUUUACUCCAAAUUCGGAUGAACCUGAAUCCAUGUCAUUGUUGAGAGUUAGGAUCCAAAUGGAGAAACCUGAAUCGGGUCUUUGGCUUUACGGUUUAGUGACAAGAAGGCAAGCUAUUGAGCUUGGGGAAAUGGAGGGAGAUGAGUUGAGAAAUGAAUACUUGCGUGAGAAGUUAGGUUUUGUACUCGUCGAAAGGAAGAGUUUAUCUCAAGAAGGAGAAUCGAUGAUCUCUUCACUCAAAGCUGCAAGAUUGAAUCGACAGAUCUUUGAUUAGUACUAAAAUAGAUUUAGAUGGAAUUGUAUUCAGCUACGUCUACGUCUCUUAUUUGUAAAUUGCUGUUGUAAUGCUAAUUUUGUAGUGCUAUUUUUGUCAAUUGCUCUAAUGGUAAACAAUUUUUUAAGUAGCUUAA